AUGGACAAAGUACAUCAGAUUUCUCGGGUACUUACGAUUGUUGGUGUUGUAAGUAUUCUGAAUGCCUUUUUGGCUGACUGUAUCCAAGCGGAGAAGUCGUACCAUACAGAACAUUUCAUCAAUACCCACUGGAUUACUAUCAUAUCACUUUUUGCUGGUAUCGCUUCAUCUCUCUGUCCAUCCUUCACUCACCUCUCUACUUCAUUCAUCUUUGCCAUCAUCGUGGACAUAUUUGCUCUGGCCAUUUGUUCUGCUACAGUCAUCGCUGAUUUUUUCAAUGUGAUUACUAUUUGCAAAGAUUUCAGUACAUUGGCAAAGAACGUUUUCCUCACAAGGAUACAAGUGUAUGGAUUGCUUAGCUACAGUACGGUAGAUAUGGUCCUUAGUGCAGUGUCGGUAGCAUUGGUUCUAUUGAUACUUUCAUCCUGUCAUCGUAGCUUCCUGGAUAUCCAGAUGGAAAGACACUCUAUACCAUUAUCUGUAAUCGGUUGUGCCCUUAUCACCACUUCUGUGCUUAAAUUUUUUUCUUGGAUUGCCGAAUUAUACUUUUUACGUUCUAUCGGCAAUGUAAUUCGUUAUACUUUCGUACAUUAUACCACUGAUGAACCUCUGUGGAUUGUGCUUAACGUCGCCCUUGGUAUUUUGUGUAUGCUACGAAUUCCAACAAAUUCCCCAACAAGAAUAAUAACUUUUUGCCUCUCUUCAAUAAGCAUUUAUCCAACUAUUACUUAUUUAUGGAUUGACUACCGAUGGUUUUCUAAUGCUGUGAUUUCUGGAACAACAUUUGCGAAAUGGACACCAGACUGGUUAUCAGUGGUCAGUUUAGGUGCUGACAUUAUACAUAUUCUGUUGUUGAUAAUCCUAACGUUAAUACUCAUCAAUUCAUGUGGACAACCACUUCGCAUGAAUUUCUCGUCCCAGUUCAGAACAUUUCUCUUCAUCUCAGGUGUAAUGGCAGGCGCAAUUUCUAUGGGACUUUUUACAUUCGAUAUUAUAUCAACUCAUUUAGAAGCGUUUUAUAAAGUUUUCCAUGGCAAUGAGCAAAAAACUCCAUUCUUGACGGCCUUAGCCACCGCAUUCUUAUUCUUUGCUUCCGCUAGAGAGGUCAAUUUCUUCGUGAUCCCCGCAUUACUGACGACAUUACUAUUUUGCAUCCAAUCGACAACUUUUCUACUUAUCUCGUAUCUUUACCUCUCCUGGAAUGGAUACUAUGCUGAUGAAGUGUGUGAAAUAUUCUAUCAUGGUUCCGCCUGGUGUACCAAUUAUUUGACUAUACCUGGUGCUAUAUCUCAUUUCAUCGAAACAUUGUUAUAUUUUUGUGUUUUUAUUGCAUCCUGUGCCUUGGCUUACAUUAUCUGGCGAGUGGUACAAAUAAAUCCACGUCGUGGUGCCUAUAAUAUUGAUGGGAAAAGUAUGGCGGCUAUCAAAUUGGAGAAGUCGAUUGAGAAAAUUGGUUUGGCUCUGCUGAUUGCUGGUGCCGGAGUGCUUAUCGCUACUAUGCAUGAAUUUAUAUGGAAUUCUUGGAGGCAUCCCCUAAUUGUUUUGCUUACCUCACUUUAUCACGUUUCUCUUACCGUAACUCUUCUCAUUUUUCCUCUUUAUCAGAUUGUUGUUAGUCGAGAUCUAUAUGCGAACUUACUGCAUUGCACAUGCCUGUUGAUGAUUAACGCCGUCCGUUUCGCAGACAUCUUAACACAGCUAGACUAUCGAAACAUUGGUGAGGCGACAAGUUGGUCAUGGAGGAUACACAAUACAGCGGAAGUGUUUGCAUUAGGCGCUCAUUUUGCAACAAUUGUAUGGUGCCUUAAGAUUCUUGAUAUAGUUAACAAUACUACAAUUUCUCAUAUAUCGCAGCCUUUUGUGCAAUUCAGGAAUCCACUGAGUAUAGAUCAAAUGACUGUUCAACAUUAUACUUACUCUUUUCAAGAUGUGUGAUAUUAUUAUAUAUUACUGGGAGCUUCAGCAUAUAUUAUAUAUUACUGGAUCUUCAGCAUACAG